GUUUCCAUUGAGCAGCGGCAUCCUCCUUUUUUGGUAACCGUGUUGUGUAUUUCGUUUAGCUGCACUUGUACUUUUUAUUUUUACCUUUAUCUAUUUUGCGUUACAUUAGCCUUUAUAUUUUCAAUUCAAGACUCAUUUUCAUUUUCACUUUAAAAAAGAACCAUGGCAGGCGGCGACAUAGGCGGCAUAUUCGGGUGGAUGCUACUCCCGCCCUUCGCGGCAAAAUGCACGCUCGUAGCGUUCCACUGGAUCCUCCGGCGGUUUUCCCCACAUCUGGUGCCACACCCAAACACAGCCAAGCACGCGCAGCACCAGCGGCUCUCGUACAUAUUCGUUAUCCUCCUGUACCUCGGAUAUACUCUCUGGAGCACCGAAAAGGGCCUGGCGCCCAACUACUACACGAUCUACGCACCGCAGCAGCUGCGGUCGAACUUUCGGCGACUGUCGCUCGUGCUGCAUCCUGACAAGAACCCCGGCAGCGAGGGGCUGUUUAUCCACGUGCAGGGCGCCUACAAGGUGCUGGCCGACCCCAUAAUGCGCUUUGUCUAUGACCGCGCCGGAGAAGCCGCGGUUGCGUGCGCGUCCUGCAAGUCCACAGGCGACUUUAUUCUGGCAGCGCUGCCACGGCGGCUGGGCGUCUAUCUGGUGUACAUAUUGGGAAGCAUCGGCGUACAGGUCUUUGGCAUUGGCGUCUACGGCACGUACUGGCGCUACUUGGCGAUUGCCUGCUUCCUCGCCCUGGACGUCCUGAUGAUGACCCGGCUGACGGAGCCCGCGGUUAUUCAUGUCCUGCAUUGGGUGAUGCCCCGGCGCACCAGCUUUGAGAUCGCCCAGGUGCUGCAGCAGGUCAUGAUGUGCUUUUUCAUUGCGUUGAAUCAGAUCGGCCCGCACUUUAUUCCGCAGGAGAAGAAUGUGUCAACUGUGGUUCUGGCCAAGGAGCUGUUGGUGGGGCUGGAGGUGACCGAUAAGGAGAUUGUUGGCAGGGGCCGGAGGAUCGUUGAUAUGUACAAGGGCACAGGGUUGGAGAGUGAGCUGGCUGCGGACUUUGGUGCUGAGAUGAAACUAGGCAUGACCAUGGGUACGAGCAAGUCCUUUAGGACUGAGUAUACCGAGAGGAUGAACGACGAGCGCCAGAAAACAGUAAAGCCCGCGCCACAGCAGUAACUUUAGUGAAAGAGAUGCAUUUUGCGAUAAUACGUUGGUAAAUAAAAGUGUUUUAUAAUUAAUUUUGCUAUUCAAAAAAGGAGAUGAAAUCAAAGUGCAUUGAAUAGAUACACAUAUUUGUUCUCGCUCAUUUUUUAUUCUGGAUACCUCUCGCAGCUAGGGACACAAUCAUUAUAAAGGUCGUAGCCGUGCUAUUAAAAAAUUGUCCGAUAUGUUCCAAAAAAUGAUUUAACUUUUUCUUUUUUGUAAAACGGGAGACCAGGCGGAAAUAAAAUAAAAAAAGUCCCAGCGCACCCUUUCUGAUUUCCCACACACGCGCAAAUAUAUGCAUUUUUGUUGGCUGCAAAUCACUCAUAUGUUGCACUAAAGGACAAUCUAAACUGGCAAUGUGAUACACGAACUGUCGGCUUUUUUUAUUUUUGUGUGUGAGAAAG